AUGCCGCCCAAAACCUCGAAGCCCGCUGGAGGGAAAGGCAGAUCAGGAGAUGACAGCAAAGAGGAGCCCUUAACAGCGGUCAUUGUCGCCGAUACCUUUGAGACGAGAUUUGCCCCGUUCACGCUCGAGAGGCCGCGAUGUCUCCUGUCACUCGCCAAUACCCCGUUGAUCGAUUAUACUCUGGAAUAUCUUGCUAGCGCUGGUGUUCAGGUCGUUUACCUCUACCCGGGUGCUCAUGUCGAACAAGUGGAAUCAUAUCUGGACUCGUCCCGAUGGAAGUCUCCUAAUUCGCCUUUCGACAGCCUCACCAUCCUCCGCUGCAUGGCAAGCUCCGUCGGCGAUGUCAUGAGAGACUUGGAUCAGAAACAUCUCAUCGCCGGAGACUUUCUCGUAGUCACUGGUGAUGUGAUCUCCAACUUCCCGAUUGAGCCAGCAUUACGCCAACACAAAAGUCGAAGAGAGAAAGACAAGAACGCCAUCAUGACCAUGAUACUGAGAGAGGCCGAGCCGGGCACCCACGAUCAUGGGGGUGGAAUUGUGCCGACAUUUGUCCUCGACCCGACCAAACAGAGAUGCUUACACUACGAAGAGUCAUUCCCGGGGACUCAAUUCACUGCUCACAUCGAUCCGGAUAUCCUGAAGUCACCAGAGAUUGACGUGAGGCAGGAUCUGAUUGACUGCAGGCUGGAUAUUUGUACACCAGAUGUGCUCAGUCUCUGGUCGGACAACUUCGACAACCAAGCCCCUCGCAAAGAUUUUCUCUUUGGCGUCUUGAAGGAUUACGAGCUGAACGGCAAGACCAUCCACACAUACAUCGUCCAAGAUCAUUAUGCCUCGAGGGCUGCUGAUUUCUGGUUCUACAACGCCAUAUCUGAAGACUUCAAGCGGGGAAUGGUCACAUCUCUUGCAGUUGAGAACAACGUUUUCGGCGAUACGCACUACGAUCGUACUCAGCGAGGACAUGUUGUCGAUCGGAGCGUUAUUACAGCAAGACCUACCAAACUCGGAGCCGAAUCUAUCGUUGGCCCGAGGAGCAGCAUUGGCGCUGGCUGUGACAUAAAGAGCACCGUGGUGGGCCAGCGAUGCCACAUCGGCAAAGGCACGGUGCUUGACGGCGCCUACGUCUGGGAUGAUGCAACGAUAGGGAACAAUGUCAAGAUCUUACGUGCAAUCGUCGGAAAUGAGGCAUUCAUAGGGGAUGACUGCAUCAUAGGCGAAGGGGCCUUGAUUUCCUAUGGCGUCAAAAUUGCACCUGGGACUACCGUGCCUGCGGGUGCCAGAAUCUGUAAAACGCAAGCAGGAUCUGACAGCGGACACAAGAACGAUGCGCUAGUUGGUGGUGAUGCAGGUGAAGGUCAUGCUUAUGCCGAUGAUGACGAGGACGACUACUUCGGCUCGAGGGUCUCGAGGCUGAUCUAUGAGAAGCCAGAAUUCGCAGAUUCGAUCUCGACACUAGAUUCUGAUCUUUCCGAAGAUGAAAUCUCUUCGAAGGGCGGGUCGAGAAGCCAAAGUUUCGCAACAUCGGUGUCCGACGAAGACACUAGCGAUCGAUUCCAGCACGAUACAGUGGCGAUUCUUGUACAACGAAUGCAGGAAGGCAAGCAAGCGGACGAUAUGCUCAGCGAGCUGAUGGGCCUGAGGUUUAGUGGAGGUGCGGACGAGACCCAAGUCCGCAAAGCUGUUGCGGUCGCCUUGAUGAAGUACAUACACGCUCAGAUCGAGUCCGGAAUAGCUCCGGCAGAGGCGACAAGACGAGCUCUCACUGCGUACAAUACGCUGAUCAGAAGAAAGGGGGCCACCCAGGCCACCGAAGCGCAGGUGGCAUUCCUGCUGGACGCUCAAAGGGACCUGACCCGGCGCAAAGAAGGCGGCAAGACGCUACUGUUCGUCAUCAAAGAUCUUUACGACCUUGAGAUCUUUGGCGAAGAAGCAUUCUCCGAGUGGUGGGCGGAUGGAAGAUCGAGUCAUGACCCUGACAUGGCUGCGGUCAAGCAACAGAGUGCACCAUUUAUCGAAUGGCUGGAAAAUGCCGAGAGCGAGAGCGAGAGCGAGGAGGAGGACGAGGAGGAGGACGAGUGA